AUGCCAGUGCCUGAGGUGACGACUGACACUGCCAGCGCUGCCGCCAUGUUGAGCCCCGUCCUCAACGCCUCCAACGGAGACGGAUCCGAGUCUGAAACCACCUCCGCCAUCCUCGCCUCCGUCAAGGAACAGGAGUUGCAGUUUGAACGUCUGACCAGGGAGCUGGAAGCCGAGCGACAGAUCGUUGCCAGUCAGCUGGAGAGAUGCAAGCUUGGCUCUGAGACUGGAAGCAUGACUAGCAUCAGCUCAGCAGAUGAGAAAUUUCGCUGGAACAACCAAGACGGACAGAAGGACAUAGAGGAGGAGCUGACGACAGGCUUGGAGCUGGUGGACUCCUGCAUCCGAUCGCUCCAGGAAUCAGGCAUCUUGGACUCACAGGACACGUCCACAGGAGACAGACAAGGACUUCUGUCCCAAAGCGCUCUGCAGCUCAACCACCAGGAUGCCUAUGCAGCAGCUGGUUACCAUAGUAACCAAGGGCUGGCACUUGGGGAGUCGACCAUGGGACGCAGCGGGCAUGUUGGAGGGGCCGUUCACAGCUACAACCAGGUGACAUCCAGCCGUGCCGCUGCCCACUUAGGGGUAACUGACUCCCCCUCCCAGUCCCAGAGAGACUCCUACGCCCAGCAGGCCCAUGGCAGCGCCUUCCACAUGCCGGCUGACAUUGGAUCUGCACCUGCAGGACCCCCCAUGUAUUACUCCUGCGCCACUUUGCCCGCUCAGCGCGUGAGCUCCCCUCUGCAGGCGGUGGGAUCCCCCACCAAGCUCCAGCGCCUGGGAUCGGCCUCCUCCGACAUGCCCAGCUACGCCACGCUACAGAGGGUGUCCUCGCCCAAGCAGUCGCCCAGUCGACUCGCCAAGUCCUACAGCACCUCCUCGCCCAUCAACAUGGUAGCAUCGGGCGCCGCUGGCUCCUCCUCCCCCCUCCCCAUGACAGCCUCCCCGGGGGGAAACCACAACUCGUCGCCCAUCCACCAGCUCAGCUCGGUGGUGGGCAGCUACGCCACCCUGUCGCCCAAGCGCAUGAUGCAUCACAUGGGAGUAGACGGCUACAAGAUUUCCCACGAGCUGUACGCCAACGCAACCCUGCAAAGGCCUGGGAGCCUGGCAGGCUCCAGAGGCUCCUACAGCAGCCAGCUCAGUCACCUGGGCUCUGAGCUGCGACCUCUGCAGUCCCCCGAACACCACAUUGACCCAAUCUACGAAGACAGAGUCUACACCAAGCCCAACCUGAGAGGACAAGCCCCGCCUUCCCCCGGUGUCGACCCAAUCCCCUUGCAGCGAACAGGAAGCCAGAGCGCCACUGGCACCUUUCAGAGAGGCAGCUUCGGCGCGGGAGGCGGUGCGGCCGACUACGCCAACCCGUACCGCACUCUGCAGUUCUGCCCGUCCACUGAGUCGCCUUACAGCAAGUCUGGCCCCACCCUGCCCCCUGAAGCCACCCUGGGCCGCUCUCCGUCGGUGGACAGUAUCCAGAAGGACCCAAGGUACGACCCCGAAUUCCUUGUGUGGAAUCAAAAUCAAGCCGAGCAAAGAAUGACAAAGGAGUUCGGCUGGAGGGAUCCAGAGCUGCCGGAGGUGAUCCAGAUGUUGCAGCAUCAAUUCCCGUCGGUCCAGUCCAACGCCGCUGCCUACCUCCAGCACCUCUGCUUUGGAGACAACAAGAUAAAAUCUGAGAUCCGGAGGCAGGGUGGCAUCCAGCUGCUGGUGGACUUGCUGGACCACCGGAUGACUGACGUCCACCGCAGCGCCUGUGGAGCCCUGAGGAACCUGGUGUACGGCAAGGCCAACGACGACAACAAGAUCGCCCUGAAGAACUGCGGGGGCAUCCCGGCUCUGGUGCGACUGCUCCGGAAGACCACAGACGUGGAGAUCCGAGAGCUUCUCACAGGUGUUCUUUGGAACCUAUCGUCAUGCGACGCCCUGAAGAUGCCCAUCAUCCAGGAUGCCCUCGCUGUGCUGACCAACGCCGUGAUCAUCCCCCACUCAGGCUGGGACACGUCCCCACAUACACAGGAGGACCGCAAUUCAAUCCAAAAGCUGCACCUACACUCCUCCCAGGUCCUCCGCAACGCCACAGGCUGCCUCCGGAAUGUGAGUUCUGCAGGCGAGGAAGCCCGGAGGAGGAUGAGGGAGUGCGAGGGCCUGACAGACGCUCUGCUCUACGUCAUCCAGACCGCUCUGGGGAGCAGCGAGAUCGACAGCAAGACUGUAGAGAACUGUGUGUGCAUCCUGAGGAACUUGUCGUACCGUUUGGCCGCAGAGACGUCUCACAGCCAGCAGGGGGGGUCGGAGGAGCUGGACGGUCUGUUGUGCGACACAGGUGGGAAGGACGCUGAGAGUUCUGGAUGCUGGGGCAAGAAGAAGAAGAAAAAGAAGGGACACGACCAGUGGGACGGCGUCGGCCCAUUUCCAGACUUGGCGGAGCCACCGAAGGGCAUCCAGAUGUUAUGGCAUCCCACCAUCGUGAAGCCCUACCUCACACUGCUGUCUGAGUGCUCCAACCCAGACACCCUGGAGGGAGCAGCUGGGGCUCUGCAGAACCUAGCUGCUGGCAGCUGGAAGGUAAGCCCUUCCCUCUGUCCUGCCCAGUGGUCAGUGUACAUCCGGGCUGCAGUGCGUAAGGAGAAGGGCCUACCCAUCCUGGUGGAGUUGCUGAGGAUAGACAAUGACCGGGUGGUGUGUGCCGUGGCCACCGCGCUGAGAAACAUGGCUCUGGACAUCAGGAACAAGGAGCUCAUUGGUAAAUACGCAAUGAGGGACCUGGUGCACCGUUUGCCCGGAGGCAGCAACAACAACAACACCAGCAGUGGAGGCGGAGGAAGCACCAACAGCAGCCUCCUGGUGGGGAAGACCAUGUCGGACGACACCGUCACGGCGAUCUGCUGCGCACUGCACGAGGUCAUCACCAAGAACAUGGAGAACACCAAGGCCCUGAGGGAUGCCGGCGGCAUCGAGAAGCUCAUCGGCAUCGCCCGCAGCAAAGGGGACAAACAUAGUCCCAAAGUUGUGAAAGCAGCAUCUCAAGUCCUGAACAGCAUGUGGCAAUACAGAGACCUCCGCAGCCUCUACAAAAAGGACGGCUACUCCCAGUACCAUUUUGUCGGUUCUUCCUCCACGAUAGAGAGAGACAGACAGCGACCUUAUUCCUCCUCUCGCACUCCGUCCAUCUCUCCCGUACGGACCUCACCAAACAAUCGAUCAGCGAGCGCCCCUGCUUCCCCCAGGGAGAUGAUGGCGCUUAAGGAGAGGAAGGCAGACUACGAGUCGACUGGCAAUGCCAGUUACCAUGGCAACAAGGGCGAACACAUGUCCCGGAAAGACGCCAUGAUGGGUCAAAUCUCCAGUGGCUCUUCCACGCUGCACAGAGGAGCAUACGUGUCGCCCACUGAUGACCUGAAGUAUAACCAGAUCUCUUCUCAAGGCCUGCCUUCAGAGCCCUACCCUCCUUUCCAAAACCCUCCCCCACCCGAAGGGGUAAACUACGAGGACCAGGCCUUCUACGAGAACCAGGUUCACCCGGAUGGGCGCCCCCCGCAGGGGGACCUCAACAUGCACCUGCAGGGCCUCAAGUCCACCGGCAACUACGUAGACUUCUACUCCGCCUCGCGGCCCUACAGCGAGCUCAACUACGAGACCAGCCACUAUCCAGCCUCACCAGACUCCUGGGUCUAA